UCUUACACACCAGCGCUCUAUGUACAAAGGGGAAGAUGCAGGGGUCGCAGAUACACGUCACUUCCGGCGCUGGCUUCACACCAGCUACUUCCGCUUCCGCUCCUGAGGACGGUGGUCGCAUGUGUGUAGUGUUGGUGCUGCUCUUGUGAGAAAGGAGUUUACAUAUACCAUGGCAGAUAAGAAGCGUCUUGCAUUUUCCAUCAUCCAGUAUCUACAGGAUCAGCUUCAUAAUGGUGGACUUUCCUCUGAUGCCCAGGAGAGUUUAGAAGUUGCAAUCCAGUGUCUGGAAACAGCAUUUGACGUUUCUAUGGAAGAUCCAAGCUUGGCUGUGUCCCAAACGCUACCAGAGUUAUUUUCUGCAGCUACACUACAGGAGUCCUCACAAACACCAAAUUGUGCUACUCCAUCAGAUGAGGAUCUAGGAGAAGCCGAACGCCUGAAAACAGAAGGCAAUGAACAGAUGAAGUUAGAAAACUUUGAGAGUGCUGUCUCUUUCUACACUAAAGCCAUCAAUCUAAACCCAAGAAAUGCAGUGUAUUUUUGCAACAGGGCCGCAGCGUACAGUAAAAUAGGGAACUACGCUGGAGCAGUUCAAGACUGUGAAGAGGCAAUUUCAAUUGAUCCCAAUUACAGCAAAGCCUAUGGCAGAAUGGGACUGGCUCUAUCAAGUUUAAAUAAGCACUCCGAAGCUGUGGGCUUCUAUAAGAGGGCCUUAGAAUUAGACCCAGACAAUGACACUUACAAAGCAAACCUUAAAAUUGCUGAACAGAAGAUGAAAGAAAUGCCUAGUCCAAUGGGUGCUCCUGGAGGCUUUGAUAUAGCUGGGCUGCUGAACAACCCUGGCUUCAUGAGCAUGGCAUCAAAUCUCAUGAAUAACCCCCAAGUACAGCAGUUGAAGCCUCCUAUAAAUUAUGAACAUGGAAGAAUGUCCGGUAUGAUUUCUGGCACAGGCAAUCCAAUGGCUGGAGCAGCUGCUGCAGGCAACACACCCCCUACUGAUCUGGCCAGUCUUAUACAAGCAGGGCAGCAGUUUGCUCAACAAAUGCAGCAACAAAACCCAGAACUAAUAGAACAGUUGCGCAGUCAAAUCAGAAGCCGAACUCCAAGUGCAAGCAAUGAAGAUCAGCAUCAAUGAUCUGCACCAGCAUGUGAUUUGAUUAUAUAUUUCAAGAAAAUUUGAACAGGAAGUACCAAGUCACACUAUGGCCUGUCUUCCUUUUUUACAAUUAUGCGAACAGUGGCUAUCGUUAUACUUUAAUGGAGAUUAUUAUUUUUAAACGUUACCUCAUACUUUGUGAGUCACCACUAUCUCCUGAAGGAUCGAAUAAGUAUAACUUACCACAAGGUAGCACAAAGGGCUGACCCAGUAAGAAUAUUUGGCCUUUUUGCUCCUGUUGGGUAAAGAUACAGUACCUUGGUGUUUUUCCUUUGUUCCCUGACCUAUCCUUGUCUGAUCUCAUCCUUUUCUGAUAAUUUAUACAGGGGUUUGUGGUGUUGGUUAGCACCAUUUACCCAUUUGUAAUUUAAUGACUGUUUCAGAUUAACCACAUUCUGUUCCAGGUGCAGAGAUACUGCUAGUAAAAAGUGAAAUGUUUGGUUUUGGACUUGCAAAAUAGUCUGUGAUUCCUAACAGAAACAAAUCUUCUGACUGUCCUGGAAUGAGUUGCACAAUACACAUACUAAAAGAACAGUCUUUCGUGGUCUUCAGCCACCAUCCACUAUCUCAAGCUCUGUCUGGAAUUUCAGAAACUGUUUUUAGGUUCUGGAGCGUCUCAAAAUUCAUUUGGUGUGGAAUAUUGUAAGAGGUAAAAUUCUGACAGCCAAACUUUUUCCAUGCCUAAUGCAUUUUAAUAAAGAAUGUCCGAGUGCAGUUGAAUCCC